CAUCUCUGGUGGGAACUUAUGUUUGGGAAGAGGGUAGAACAGCGAAAUAUACGGACUACGGUGGCGUUGUAGCCUUUGUUGUCGUUUGCUUCUUUAAUUUAAAUUUUUGGACCCAUGGUUACUUAUUUGUUUCGAGGUGAAGAACCCAUAUUUCCCCCGUGAUGCUAUAUGAACAGUGAUUGCCGUCUGUGCGCUACGGUAAUUUAUGCCAGCGAUGAGGGGGAAAUGGACUGAACGCAAACUGAGUACUUUCUCUACCACCACGGCACCGCUCCAUGCGGGGACAGAAUAAACACACAUUUAGUUGUAAAUGCAAGUUUUAUAUAACAUUGUAGAUGACAGCUCUUAUUUUCUGAAUAUAUAUAUAUUUUCCGUCUCCGAAUCGUUUUCAUCAUCUGAUUUUGGUUGCUUGGAUGUUGCACUGUCUCCGGGAAAUAAUGAUUUUUUUUUUUAUAUGAGGAAGCAAUUUAUUACAGAGAUACCAAAAAGAAAGAGGCCUUUCCGUUUUCAAGGCCGGAUUUGAGUUCAAUAGGGGAAAAUGGUAAACAACCCAAAUGGAUAAAAUAUGGAUAUCAUGUGAUUUAUUGGAACACAAUAUUAGAGGAGUGGAAUUGCUUUCGAUAACGUUUCGUGCAAGUUUGAUGCAUCAAAAAAGAGAACUAUCCAUUGUUGUCACAAUCACUAAAUCUAUUUGAGUCAAAUAAAGGGAAGGUGGACUGUUGUUGUAAUUGGCAGAUUUGCAGUUGUGCAAACAGCAUAUAUGCUAUUUUUUAUAUGAUUUUUAUGUUGCUUUUUUUAUUGCAAUUUGAGCUGGACCGAGCUUUGACUGUUCAAUGGAAGUAUGUUAUCAGUUACCAGUUUUGCCUCUAGACAGGCCGGUUCCUAAACAUGUUCUCAGCCGUAGGGGAGCCAUUAGCUUCAGCUCCAGUUCGUCUCUUUUUGGUGGACCUGCCCCAAGACAGCUGUCCAAGAGACGUGGGGCGAUCUCCUAUGACAGUGAGGAUCAAACGGCUCUCUAUAUUCGCAUGCUCGGAGAUGUGAGAGUCAGAAGCCAGGUGGAGUUUGAACCAGAGCGAAGAGGGUCUCAUCCCUACUUGUAUGUCGAUUUCCGAACUUUGCACUCCCGACCUGAGGCUGCGCGGCCUGUGUCUGCCAGGAAUGUCCGCAGGCUGCUGAGCUUUCAGAGAUACCUCCACUCGUCACGGUUCUUCCACGGCAUCCCAGCAUCCAACCCUCUAGGUUACAUCCUUGACGAUGACUACACAGGUCAAGCCAAGUUAAUGCUGCAGAAGGUUGGAAACUGGAACUUUGAUAUUUUCCUGUUUGACAGACUUACAAACGGGAACAGCCUCGUCAACCUGACCUUUCACUUAUUCAACAGUUAUGGGUUAAUAGAGCUCUUCCAGUUGGAUAUGGUUAAACUUAGAAGAUUUUUUGUCAUGAUUCAAGAGGACUACCGCUGCCAGAACCCCUACCACAAUGCAGUCCACGCUGCGGACGUGACUCAGGCCAUGUAUUGUUACCUGCAGGAGCCCAAUCUUGCUGAGACGCUGACUUCCUGUGAUCUCCUGCUGGGUCUGCUGGCUGCUGCCACCCAUGAUCUGGACCAUCCGGGCGUCAACCAGCCUUUCCUCAUCAAAACGGACCAUUACCUAGCAGCACUGUACAAGAAUAGCUCAGUUUUGGAGAAUCACCACUGGAAGUCUGCCGUGGGCCUGCUCCGCGAGUCAGACCUGCUGUCCCACCUCCCCGCUGAGGACAGAUUGAACAUGGAGGAGCGGCUUGGAUCCCUGAUUCUGGCUACGGACAUCAGCAGGCAGAAUGACUAUCUGUCAGAGUUCAGGACACACUUGGACAAGGGAGACCUCUGCCUCACGAACGGUGGACAUCGAAACUUUAUCCUUCAGAUGGCUCUGAAGUGUGCGGACAUCUGCAACCCCUGCCGACCGUGGAAACUCAGCAAACAGUGGAGCGAGAAAGUGACAGAGGAGUUCUUCCACCAAGGUGACAUUGAGAGGAAACAUAAUCUUGAAGUAACCCCACUCUGUGACAGGCAAUCCAACUCGGUUGCCAAUAUACAGAUUGGCUUCAUGGCGUACGUGGUAGAGCCUCUGUUUGUGGAAUGGUCACGCUUCUCCGACACACGGCUGUCCCAGACCAUGAUGAGCCACCUGAGCCUGAACAAGCAAGGCUGGAAGGAGGGAAGGGACAAGCAGGAGGCUAGCGCUAGUAGGGCCUCAGAGGAACAGAGGACUCCUACCACCAAAGACUCAAACUCCAAAGUAUUACCUCAGGGAAGCAAAGGGUCAUGACACACCAAGCGUGACUGGCGCCCACGGUGAGGUGAGAGAGAGUGGAAGUGAAACGAAUAUCCGCAUCGGACAGAAACUACAGCACUCCCUGCACCACAGCAACACGCUCCCCAUCUAGGUUAACCACUGUUUUUGUUUUUCCAUGUAAUUUAACUUAAUUUAUUGAAUUUGGACCCUUUACUUCAACAUAGAGCAAUACAUAUAUACCUCAUGUUGCUUCUGCUGUAUGUAUUUGUAUUUUAUACUGUAGUUCUGCUCUGACAUCACUAAUUUGACACGUCACCCUUUUAACAGAGACCUGAAGGGAAUGUUUUCAACAAGGCCGUUCUGAUUAAAGUGCCAUUUGCAAACAUUUUGUUAAUGCUUUUAAAGUGAGAAAAGUGAGGAAACCUUGAAUUCAAAGAGAGGUUCAUGUUUAGUGAAUGAGACAAGCUUCUGUGUGUUGCUGCAUUUCAGACUAAUAGUAAUACUUCCUCAUACAAGAAAUAAUGUGAAGAGCCCACUUCACUGCUGGCUCUGAAGACUGUUUACAAGCGUCUUUUGUGCUGCAUUUCACAAACUAAACAUUGGUUCUGUAAAAAAAAGCACAUACUGUAUGUGAAUAACCACUCACAUGAAGUACUUGUCCUGUUGACAAAAUACUGAACAAACAUCUGAUUGCAGAACAACACAAAUGCCCUGAAAGGACUGUUUUGGGCCGUUCGUUGCUCCUUGCACUGUGAACUAUAACAGGUUUUAUGAUCCAAGAGUCAGUCAGCUCCGAGACUACUUGUGUGAAAAAAGUCAAUUGGAUGUGGUAUGAAAUCAAUUUAUUUCUUUACCGAUAAGGUGUACAGUGUUGGGGAUUUAACUGUAGCCUAACAACAAUGUUUUGUAAGGGGGAAACAGGGCACGCAUGUGGCCUUAACCAUAGAAAUAGAAUCUAGAUUACAUUUCUAUGGCCUUAACAUUCUUUCAACACUUGAAUAACCACUCUUCCAUACUAGUACCGGAUGACCUGAGUUAAGAGUGAGUUGAGGGUAUAAACAGCAUGACUACUUAUUAAGGUCGAAAUUAGGUGGUCUGUCUCUGGUAGGGCUGUGCCAUGAUCUACAAUGUUAUUUUAGAGAGUUGAAGCCCUUUCUAGAAUGCAAACAGGCAACUUUUAAGACUGGCAACAGAUGCCUUUAAACUAUGCACAAAACUAAGUGACCAAACCGGUUAUUUUUUUAUAAGGUCGAUCGUCUUCUCUCAAUGCAUUGUCCGACUGUUUGCCUCUGGUGUGAAAAGGAAAUGACUUGGCAUUAGUAGAUUGGACAGUGAUCCAGUCAUAACAUAAAACAUUCCAUAUUUAAUUUAUUUUUGGUAUUUUUUGAUUCUGUACACAAGACACGAUGGUGUCUCUGGUUGGACUUUCAGUAUAGUGAAUGAAAACCAGUGCUUUUCAUAUUAUGGCAAAAAUGUGUAUUUUCUGGUAACUAUUGCAAGACUGUUUGAUAUAACUGUUUACCAUUUUGAUGUAAGUCAUUUUUGGGUAGGAACUUGCACGGCAAACUAUUUUGUGAAAAGCUUUGCCAAAUUGAUAUUUUGAUACAUGCCAGUUGCAGUUGCAUUUUCAUUAAUAAAACAACUUGUCACAUUUA